AUGAGCUGUAGUGCAAGUGACCAAGGCAACUCACUGGAGGGUAGUCAUCCAUCGGGCUCGCCGCACCUGGUGGGACUCGUAGUGACGGGAGGCGAUGUCAAGGAGAUCUGCGCCGCACUGGCGCCCGAGGCCGCUCCGUGGGACAAGGACGUGAUGAAGGUGCGGCGCGUGCCGACAGGAUGGAACAACUGUGUGUUUCUGGUCGAGGGUAGCGACACACGGUUUGCAUUGCGAGUGUCGGCGAUGUCUUGGCCGGAGCGGAAGCACGUGCAGGAGCUCAAGUUGCUGCAGGCACUCCCGAUGCUGCUUCCUAGCGUCCGGCUGCCGGUAGUGCGCGGACAUGAUGUGGAGGGCAAGGCGGUUGCGCAGUGCGAGGUUCGGUCACUGCUGAUGGACGCGGUGGACGGCGAGUGCAUGGUGGAUGUGUGGGGCGCGAUGAGCAAUGCGGCGCAAGAACGCGCGCUAGCGCAGAUGGUCGCAGUGAUCGCGGCGCUGCAGGCCGUGGUCUUUCCGCGAGCUGGCGCGGUGGAUAUGACAAGCGAUGUGGUGGGUGAGGCCAACAUUACACCAGCAUUCGAUAACGAGUGGAUGGGCACGCCGGCGCGGGUACAGCAGUACUACGAGGCGCGACUGGAGUACAUGUACGAACGCUCGAAGAAGAGCCAGGGGAUGGCGGCGAUGCACGAGGCGGCGGACGAAGCGUAUCGCGUGGCCAGGGAAGUGCUUGCGAGAGUGGAUCUCGACAAAGGAUCGCGGAUGGUGCUCUCACAUGGCGAUCUCGCCUUCCGCAACGUGAUGGUUGACUGCAAGACCGGCGAGCUGCAGGCGGUGCUCGAUUGGGAGUGGGGCUGCUCGGCGCCGAUCGAGGUCGAUCUCCUGGACGGCUUUGACGAUCUGGAAGACGUGAGCAAGCAGGCGCGGCGCGAGCUCCUCGACCGUCUUGCACCGCACUUUGAGGCACUUGGUGAGAGCGUGGUCCACUACGGCAACAUGCCGAACUUUGCGGUCCGCGAGGCGCUCUUCGCCGUCUUUGAUCAGCUCUCGCCAUGGGACAUGACAACCGCGAGCGAGAGCGAGCUUCCUGCGAUUGCCGACAGGGCACGGGCGGGGCUCGGUUCUGCUGUGGCACGGCUGCGGGAGGUCGGAUUGGGUCAGUAAACGAGCAGCGGGCGG